UUAUAUAUUUCGGUAUAUUUCUGAGGGUCAGACGGUACUGUCAUUGAAUGAAAGUGCAAUAUAUUUAUUAAAACCAUGUUUUUGCAUAACAGAAACUUGUGCAGGCUGGCCAGCAAUGGCGUUAACUUUGCAGCGAGCGCCAGAGGGUUCAGCGGGCAGCGGCCAAAGACCGCGAUCCUCAUGCUGAAUAUGGGUGGGCCACAGAGCACCGACCAGGUGCACGACUACCUGCUGAGGAUCAUGACAGACCGGGACAUGAUCCAGCUGCCGGUGCAGAGCAGGCUGGGUCCCUGGAUCGCCCAGCGACGGACGCCGGAGGUGCAGAAGAAGUACAAAGAGAUUGGUGGCGGCUCGCCCAUACUCAAGUGGACGGAUCUGCAGGGCCAGCUGAUGUGCGAGCAGCUGGACAAGCAGUCGCCGACGACUGCCCCCCAUAAGCACUACGUGGGCUUCCGCUACGUCAAUCCACUGACAGAGAGCACGCUGGCCCAGAUUGAGAGCGACAAGCCGGAGAGGGUGGUGAUCUUCUCGCAGUAUCCACAGUAUAGCUGCGCCACAUCCGGCUCCAGUUUCAAUUCCAUCUACACCCACUACCUCAGCAAUGCACUACCCGCCGACAUCAAGUGGAGCAUCAUUGACCGCUGGGGCACACACCCGCUGCUCAUAAAGACCUUUGCCCAGCGCAUUCGCGAUGAGCUGGCCAAAUUCGUGCCGACCAAGAGGAACGAUGUGGUCAUACUCUUCACUGCCCAUUCCCUGCCCCUGAAGGCGGUCAACAGGGGCGAUGCCUAUCCCUCUGAGAUCGGGGCUAGCGUCCACAUGGUCAUGCAGGAGCUGGGCCAGACCAAUCCCUACAGCCUCGCCUGGCAGUCGAAGGUGGGACCACUGCCCUGGCUGGCCCCGGCCACGGAUGAUGCAAUCAAGGGCUAUGUCAAGCAAGGCCUGAAGAACUUUAUACUCGUGCCCAUUGCCUUUGUCAACGAGCAUAUCGAAACCCUUCACGAGCUGGACAUCGAGUAUUGUGACGAGCUGGCCAAGGAGGUGGGCGUGGAGGAGAUUCGCCGUGCCGCCGCUCCCAACGACCAUCCGCUGUUCAUCGAUGCCCUCAGCAACAUUGUGGCAGAUCAUCUGCAGUCCCAGCAGGCGGUCAAUCCCAAGUUCCUGAUGCGCUGCCCCAUGUGCACGAAUCCCCGAUGCCGCGAGAGCAAGCGCUGGUAUCAGCAGCUCUGCAGCGCCCACUAGGUAGCUCCCACCUGGAAUUACAUCGAUUUCCGCGGAAUGACCGAGCGCCGCCGAGCCGUGCCAGGCAUUCCAAAUGCAUAACAUACUAUUUUCACAUUUCAUUGGGUUUCUGGGGAUUGGCAUUUCAUUUGGCUUUGAUUACGUUUCCACUUGCAAUAAAGCAAAACAAAAAAGACACUGCACAAAAAC